AUGGUGCAGAAAGUGUUAGUGAUCGGUGCAGGUAUUUCUGGUCUGACCAGCAUCAAGGCCUGCCUGGAGGAAGGUCUGGAGCCCACUUGCUUCGAAAGCAGCCAUGACCUCGGAGGUCUGUGGAGGUUCAAGGUGAGGGACCAUGCUUUUUAAUCAUGACGCUCCUUUUGUCUAGGCAGGGGGUCAAACCCUCUCUAUGAAAGGAGAAAUUUUCGCUGCUGCUCUUCCAAAAAAAGAGUGCCUUAACCUUAGAAACAUUCACCAAACCCUCCCAGUGACAAGUAGAAUAAUAAAUAUCCCGUCUUGUGAAUCUCCAGGAGAAGCCCGAACCUGGACGAGCAAACAUCUACAAUUCAGUGGUCAUGAACAGCUCCAAAGAGAUGACGGCUUUCAGUGACUUUCCUCCUCCAGCUGAGCUCCCAAACAACAUGCACCACUCUGACGUGCUGCAGUACCUGCGGCUCUACACUCAGACCUUCAACCUUCUGCCUCACAUACGCUUUCAGGUAAGUCACCUUUACUGAGCUUGUGUGCAAAAAAGAAAAUGUAAAUGAUCCUUCGCCACAGUAGUUAAAGAGCUUACUCAUAAAUUCUGUUGAACUGCUUGAACUCAGUGCUUUGCGGGGAUGGUGGUCUCAGUCGUUUGAUGUGCGCUGGUAUAUAAAGAUUGAAAAUAUCUCUACACUUGAUUUUCCCUAAAGUAGACAUUGAUGAUUUUUAUUGCCAAGGCAAUAAAGACAGCUAACUGUAGGCAAAUAAUGAGGGGGCAAGACCUCCAAAAUAGGUAUCAAGAGGAUUUGCUGGGUUUGAAACAAUCUUAGUCGCCAAAACCCAUCUGCACUCCUUCCUCAGCCUCACUAGAGUUUUCCCUUGGUAUGCAAUAAUGUCCCCCUGUGAGACAUAAGACAUCGCCUGGAUCCCUGUAUACCUGUGUGUCUAUACAUGACAGUAUGAAUGAAAGACGCUCGUCUUUGUCCUGUCUGUUCUAGAUGAUGGUGGUCAGUGUGAGGCAGAGACCUGAUUUUGCAACAACAGGCCAAUGGGAGGUGGAGGCAGAGAGUGGACAGGGUCAGAGGGAGACCCAUGUUUUUGAUGCAGUCAUAGUUUGUACUGGACAUUACACCUAUCCUCACCUGCCACUCAAAGACUUCCCAGGUGCCAAAACCAGCAUAUCCCUUACUUCACUGUUUUCUCUCUGUUAGAGUUUUUCCUAUGUCUUUUCUAAAAUCUGACUUUUCAGGUAUUGAGAGCUUUGAUGGCACGUAUUUCCAUAGCUGGGAUUACCGUGGAGCUGAGGGUCUGCAGGGGAAGAGAGUGGUGGUGAUCGGGAUUGGAAACUCUGGAGGUGAUAUCGCUGUGGAUAUCAGCAGAGUAGCUGAAAAGGUAAAGCAGAGACAUGCACGUGUUGUUGUGUUUAACAGGAGAUUUUAUUUUUACUGAUUCUUGGCUUCCUUAAGUGUUAAAGCUGCAUAUAUUCAUCCCUUUUUGCAGGUGUGGCUCAGCAGUAGGAAAGGGACAUGGGUUAUCAGCCGGUUAGGACAAGGAGGGAUCCCCUUUGACCUUAUAGACUCUUCUCGGUUGGAUAUGAUGCUGUACAGGCUCUUCCCCUCGUGGAUCAACAAAAUGUUGGAGAAGAAGUUAAAUAAAGCAUUUUGCCACCAACUGUACGGCCUGAAACCGAACUUUGGGUAAAGAGAUACUCACCUGAAUUUUAGGGGUCAACACAGCAGUGGAUUCGCAAACAGACAUGCCUUCGAGGGGCUAAGAGGGGAACAAAUAUUUAGAGAAUAAGAUUAAAAAUGGAUUAAAAUUUACAGAGAAGUAAAAUUAAAGGAUGAGUGUUUCUAAUCUUAGACAUGGUUAUAUUUUAUUGCAUCUGUAUGACAAGAAUAAAUAUCCUCUUGAAUAGAAAUAGUUGUAACUUUAAUCAUAAUUGUGCAGCCUGAUCUUAACUCUACUCUGUUUGUUUCAGUUUCUUUGCAAAAAUCCCCUUGAUGAACGACGACCUGCCUGCACGGAUAAUCUCUGGUCGUGUUCAGGUGAAAUCAAAUGUAAAGGAGUUCAGAGGGUCCAGUGUGGUCUUUGUGGACGGCAGCAUCUUGGACAAGGUGCGUAUUUGUACUGUUCUAACAGACUGUAGAUAAACUCAUGUGUGUGUGUGUGUGUGUGUGUGUGGUUUUGUCCUUUAAUACACAAUGAUAUUGUUGCAUGCAGUAAAGCAUGUCUUAUAAUCGUAUGUCUUAUUUGUAUGAACAGGUGGAUGUAGUGGUGUUUGCGACAGGAUAUGACUACGGCUUCCCCUUCCUGCCCCCAGAUCUGCAGGUUAAAUGUGAUCACAGGCUGCGUCUCUACAAACAUGUGAUACCAGCCUCGCUGACCCGGCCCACGCUGGCUGUGGUGGGCUUUAUCAGUGGCUUGGGGGCCAUUAGUCGCCUGGCUGAGAUGCAAGCUCGCUGGGCUACAAGAGUGCUGAAAGGUACAGAACAACUCAGUAACCACUAGAAGUGUUCAUUGUUUUGCAACAAAAGCUGACAAUAGCAAAGCAAUGCUAAAGAAAUCCAGCCUUUCUUACAUACAACAGAGUGUCAGGGCCACAUUCAAAAAUGAAAAAAUUAAAGUGGUUGUUUGAAGUCAUAGGGAAAAAAAUAGGGUCUCUGUUGUGGUAUUGGUCCUUUGCAAUGUUCCACAUAGUUUCAAUAAGAGACAGGUCUGGACUGCAGGCAGGCCAGCCUAGUACUCGCUCAAAGCCAUGCUGUUGGCAGCAGGUGUUACUCCUAAACCUGUCUGUACCUUUAAGCAUUAAUGGAGCCUUCUCAGAUGUGGUUGUUAGCCAUGGACACUAACACACCCCCAGACCAUCACAGAUGCUGGCUUUGAACUUUGACCCGAGGACAGUCUGGAUGGUCCUUUUUCUUGUUUGUCCAAAGGACACCAUGUCCAUGAUUUCCAAAAAUUAUCUGAAAUGUGGACUCAUCAGACCACAGCAGACUUUCUACUUUGGGUCAGCCCAUCUCGGAUGAGCUCAGGUCCAGAGAAGUCGGUUGUGUUUCUAACUGUUGUUGAUAUCUGCCUUUGUCUUUGCAUGGUACAGUUUGAACUGCUGCCUGAUGAGUCAGAGGUCAUAGUCAUUCAAUGUUGGUUUUGGGCCUUGCAGCUUAUGUGCUGAGAUUUUCUGGACUCUCCUGAGUCUUUUGAUUAUUAUAGUGACUGUAGAUGAUGAAAUCCCUAAUUCCUGCAGAUGUAUGUUGUGAAAUGUACUUAAACUGUUGGACAAUUUGCUCAAACAGUUGUUGACAAAGAGGUAAACCUGGCCCCAUCCUCAAUUGUGACAACUGAGUGUCUCAGGGGUGCUCCUUCUAUACCCAAUCAUGACACUCACCUGUUUCUAUGAAUGAAGAUUAACUUAAUUACAUAGCAGACUUGACCUCUGUCUGCAGACAACUGUAGCCUAGCUUGGGUGUUGUUUCUCUGGGUUGUUCAAAUUAUCUUUAUCAGUUUAACACAAAAUACAGUCAUUACUUCAAUCACAGAUUUUUGGACACCUUGCACAAACAUACGUUGAAACAAGUUAUUAGAGUCCUCUGAAUAUGACUCCACCCUCUGCAGCAAAGAUUUUCAAAAGACCAGCUCUUAUUGUGAUAGAAACAAGUUCUCAUGAAAUAAAUAGAAGCCAUGAAGUAUCAAGCUGAUCUAACAGUGUUUAUUCAGAAUUUUGUUGAAGUAAAUCAGUUUCUUGUGCAUUUUAAACUGACAGACUCUUUAUAUUUUGCAGGCUUAGUAACUCUCCCCUCAGAAGAGGCCAUGAUGAAGGACAUUAAAAAGGACACAGAUGCUAUGAAUGAAUGGUAGGAAACAAACUGAGUAAGUGUGUCAGCUGUACAAGACUUGAUUUUGAGCUGAUGAGACUAAAUAAGACAACUCAAAACAGAGAUACGUCCUAAGAGAGCUCUUCCCAGACCUAGAACACAUACUGGGACGCUGAUAUUUGAUAUGACACCAUACAAGAGAGCGGCAGCAGCUCCCGACCAUAUCUUAUGUUUAAGUUUCUUCAAAGAAAGAAUAAUUUACAACUUUCUAUAUCAGUUAGUCCAUAUUUUAAAAGUGCUAAUUCAGGAAAAAUGUCAUCUCAAGAUGACACAAACGAGCUGGUCUAGACUAUACUCUUCAUAAUGACUGCAGACCAACGCAAAGAUCAGAUUAGAUCAAGUCUUAACUGAUAAAAUCAGACCCACUCUGACCACAUCUUAAUCCAGCAUAAGCAAAAAAAACUUUGCAGUAUCAAGGAAAUAACAGUAGUAAGAAAAAUUGUUCCUUUAACAGGCAGAAGCAUUCAGCAGAACCAGAUUCAGGUUUACAGAAGAGGAUCAGUGCCACCAAAAGAAAUAACAAAAAUCUAAAUAAAUAUCGAUUAAGGUGUUUUUUUUUUUUUCAACUCUAAAUUCUUCCUGUGAGUUCUGGCUUUAUUCUCAGAAUUGUGACUUUUUUUCUUGGAAUUCAGAGUUUAACGAAAAUGCUCUGAAUAUAAGUCAGUAUUUGAGACAAAAGCCAGCACUUUGACUGAAAUUUUACUUCACAAAUUUUAAUUGACUUUAGUGAAGUAAAAUAGAAUCUCCAUCUAGCAAACCACAUCUGUCACAUUUAUCUCUAGAUUCAUGGAGAACAUGGAGAGCCUUAAAAAAAAAAGAAGAAAGAAAAAACUUUUAAAUAAUUUACAACCAUCUGGCACAAGCAAACUUCGCAAUUCAAGUUUUAACUCGUCAUUUGGGAAAAGAUUACUUUGUGGUACUAUACCUUUUUGGAAUAAACAGUGUCCAUAGCAGCUUUAUCAAAACACUUUCCCUCUUUAUGACACUGAACCUUCAGGCCAAUCUAUGUGCAGUUUCAAAAUAAAAUAAAAAGCAGACUGGACUUCAAAUAUUUUUGCUUAAAGAGGGAGAUCAAACACUGUCCACCACUUUUUGUGACUAUGUCAGCUGUUCAUCAGUCUGUUUUUUCUUUCCCCAAAGUAAACCAAACAGAAAUAUGAUUUAUGAUUACUUUAGCAGAAACGUGCUCUCCGCUGCCUUAGCUCUGACAAAUAGAUAUACUGUCCUGGCAGCUUUCAGACAACUGUUUUGUGCAAUCUAGGAUAAAUCAAGGCUUUGAAACCUCUUAAGUUGAGUGGCACUGGGGUUUGAAAAAGCAUUUUUUGUCCGUUCAAGGGGGUAGCUGUGAUUGCUCAUUAAACUUCAAUGUCCCACCAUGGAACAGGAAGUCAUUUUCACUCCUUCAUACAAUGUUCAGUCUGUUUAAUAAUUUAUAUACACGAUCAAGGUCCAUCCCCAAAACACAACUAUGUGCCAAUUUCUCCACUAAAGUCGUAGCACUACCUUGUGGAAAUAAAUUGUACUAACUUUUACUUACAUUGUUCAAUCUCUCUUCAUCUUCUCACAUUUCAAAGUGGUCCCAGUCUGGACUUAUCUACAGUCACAUUUUUGGCAAAUUGUUCUGACUUAAAGCUCUACCCACUGGUAAAAACACGUUCAGCACUGUUCUGGUUGCUAUGAAUGAAACAUGACAGUCUCAGUCUGAGGGCAUCUACAAGAACAUUUAGCUCAUGAUGAUGAACCACUUACACCAGCACAGGCACAUCCUGCAGCUUUCACUCCUCUGAAUCUUUUCUUCAUUUUUUAAAUUGUGUUAUUUGUUCCCCUCUGCAGGUUUUUGUGCUCAGGGUUGAACCCCCUCUAUGUGGACGUGCUCUCUUACACAGACUGUCUAGCGGAGCAGGUGGGGGCUCGACCGAACAUCCCUUGGCUCUUCCUGACAGACCCCAAACUGGCACUAAAUGUUUUUCUGGGUCCUUAUACUCCUUAUCAAUACCGUCUGACCGGACCAGGCAAGUGGGUUGGAGCCCGUCAGGCCAUCCUUUCUCAGUGGGACCGAGUGCUUCAGCCUUUCAGGACCAGAGUGGUACCAGAACCAGAACCCAGAUCUACUCAUGGUCUAAGUAUAAUCGUGGUUCUCUCAGGUGCAGCCCUGCUGUGCUGCUUCUUCAUCAGUAAACACAGCUCCUCCUCUGUCUUCCCCCUCAAAUUUCCUUUCAAAUUUUAG